AUGGCCGUUGAAGAAGGAUUUCAAGCGUUUCUUAAGGGGAGAGGUAUAGAUCGGAUCCACAAGAACGAGAACGAGCCUGUGGUGUCGGAAUUUAGACAGACAUCCUUAGCACGUCCUCCACGGAGCAGCAGCGAAGACGAGGAAGAAGAAGAGGAACAGACCGAAGAAGAUGAAAGUAACGAUAAUAAUGAACAUGAUCCAAUUGACGGUGAUGGUGGUGACCCCCAAGGUGACCCCCAACCUGAACGAGACGAUACAGAUCUUCUAUUCGAACGAUUACGUCUGGGAAACUUCCGGGCACUGGAAUUGCAAAAUAUGAACUUCCAUUCGAAUAUGACAAUACACGUCAUGGAAGACGACGACGACGAUACAUGGCCGUCUAUUUUCGGUCGUCGUGGUAGACAUGAUCGAAUUUGGAGUGAUUCUGACUCGUCAGAUGAUGGGGGGCUACCCAGGCAUAAUCCGAUUCCGCCUCAUGUUGAUCGUAUUCAUGCCAGGAUGAUUCAGUAUGCACGUGGUGGUCCAUUGGAGUUCACCGAUAGUGAUUUCGUAGAGUCAGAAAAUGAGAUACAUGUUUAUGGUGCUCAUCUUCACCAUGAUUAUGAUAAUGUCGGUGAUAGCGAUGAGUAUGAUGAUAUUGACGAUAUUGAUGUUGUUGAUGUUGAUGGAGUCAGUGAUGGUGAUGAUGUUAGUGAUGGUGAUGGUGAUAAUGACGACGGUGACGACGACGGUGACGAUGAUGAUGAUGAUGAUGAUGGCGAUGAUGAUGAUGAUAUAAGAAAUGGGUCUGGGAUUGUCCCUACGACCAGACGAGAUCGACUUGAAGGCGACUAUUACUAUGGUUUGCGGCCUUCACAAGAAGAUUCUGAUGAUAACCUUUCUGUAGCUUCCGACUUUCACGAAGACGACGACUACAAGUACACUCCGUAUCGAGAGAACGGAGACAGGAGAUACUCCAACAACAUGACCAUCUCGGCUUCGUCAAAAGAUAUACCUGAUGGAUUACUCGAAUCCAAAUGGGACUUUGAAGCUGAAGCUGAGGAUGAAAAGAAAGCUACGGAAUUGGGUGGGAGAUUGAGUGCUUGGGACACUAGAUUGCUGGAAAUGGCUAAAGAUACCGAUGAUUUAGCAUACUUAACUCAAGAACCAUUGGCUUCUCAAUAUGCAGAUGGGUUGGACCUAACCUUUUGCGGUAACUCAAGACUUUUGGGGUUACCUAAGUUCCCUAAGUAUAAGAACAAUCUUAGUGAAAUCAUUCAUUGGAACGAUGAAGACUUUCUUAUCGUUGCAGCCAGCUCCAAGUUGGCAGUUUUCCGAUUAAACCCAUUGACAUUUGUUCCUGAACGGAUAUGUUGUUUGAAAUUUGAUACCAAACCUCAGUUUACUACCUCUUUGGACAGUAUGUCAGCCACCUGGCCUCAUUUCCCUCAUCAGAUCAACUUUAUUAAGGUGUUUGACUCUUGGAUAGGAUGCCAGUGUUUGGGUGCGUGCGUUGAUGAUGGAGCAGUUUUGAUUUGGAAAGUUGAGACCAUUAUGAACCAAGUUGACACUUUUAUGAAUCGAGUGGUUGGCUUGUCAGUUGAUGAAAAUAAGAAUUUUGUAGAACCGUUUACCUUGGGGAACGUUGCAAAUCUUAGCGUCAAAAUUAAACCUGAUUUGCGAAUCAAGUUGACAUCUUCAGUAUGGGGAUUGGAUGCCCUUUCAUUUGUUGAUAGUUAUGGAAGGUCUCAUAACUUGUUGGUAGCAUCAGAUAAUUCCCAAAAGAUCACAUUGCUUUACUAUGACAUGCUUCGCGGGAGAUUCUAUGCGGCAGUGUCUACUCAAUUACUUCACAAUAUUCCUCAAGUCUCAUUCAUAGACCACUAUGAACUGGCCGACCAUCAUCGACAUUAUCUCAAGAUUGCGUGCAGUUGUGUUUCCAGUGAGCUCGUGGUGUUCAAGACCCACUUUGAUAUCGUCGAAGGACCCUUUGCCGAAAGGGAAUGUGGGAAGUUAGUGAGUAACGUUUUCCAUGUUGACCCCACCACGGAGCUUGUAAGCCGAAUCGAAGUAGGCAGGUUCACUGGUAAUCAGGAAAAUGUUGAAGAUGCCGAACAUGAAGAAGGUCAGUCCGAAGGUCAAACCCAUUUACGAAUCCAUGGUACUGAAUCCAUGGCUUUCAAACGUAUUAAACUUGACGAACAUCCUCGGGUCAAGUUGCGGACUUAUUUGAACCAAGAGUGUUGGACCGUCAAACCCAUUGAUUCAAAAUACUUUCAUGAGGUUUCAAGUCUAAAGAAAAUGUGUGGAGAUCCAUACCUUGAAGAUGCACAAGAAGUCCCCAACAUUUGGUUCGAAUCAGAAGCUCUAAAGUUACCAGGUAAUCUUUCAAUUAGUGACAAGUUAGGUGGAGCCACGAACUGGCAAUUCUUUGAAGCUCCAGUGGCCAGCUUCAGUAACCAACUUGAUGCUUCUCUGGAGUUGACUGCGAAACUUGCAACUGUUGAUGAUGAGUACAAACGAAUUCAUAAAGGCUACCACCUUCAAUUGCGCUAUCAGGAUCAGAAUCAGGAUUAUCAACAUACAAGGAAUAAGUUCCUUAUGGUAACCACUGCUAAAAGAAUUGCAAUGUACCGUUCAGAUACUUUAUUCUGUAAUGCUGGAACUCGAACAGUCUUUGAUGUUAAGUUACCGCAUGAUGAAGAAGGUCGAUAUUCUAAUAGGAUCCUGCUUUCAUUGGUCAUACCCCAACUAUCAUGUUUUGUUGCCAGUACCCAACAGGGUCUAGUAAGUAUCUUCAGAUUGUGUCUGCACCGGGGAGUCUAUGGUAUGAGACAAGAACACCUAUUUCCCAAUGUCCCUGUUCUUACAGUUGAACCCGGAGUUUGUCGGACCAUUGUUGGAAUAGCAGCCAGAGACAUUAGUGUUAAUGCCUAUAAGCCUCGGUUUGUGUUGUAUUUGACGUUUUCUGAUGGGUUGAUCUUUGCUUAUAGUCUAUCCAAGUAA